GAACACCGACGACUUUUUGUUUACCUAGCAACAAGCAGCAGCUAGCAACGGAGUGUCACAAAUGGCAACGCUGACGCCUACGUUAAGUCAAAAUGCGACUGUCAUGUCAUUUUAAGGCAGUAAUAGUGUUGUUAAAGAGUAUCGGAGUUUAGCCGACGGUAACUGUCGUAUCUGGUUUGUUUCCUGGUGUUAGCUAACGACAACCUGGGUUGAUACCUGUUUGAUACCUCCUUCCAAAUGUCUUUUCAAGACUCACCUCGUCCCUCUGAUGAAGAGGAGGCUUUCUACACGCACUGCAGAGCUGCAUAUCUAGCUGUGUUCAGAUCUAGUUUGACGAAUAUUGCGUCUAAGCAGCAGUUAUGUCGUGCUCUCCAGCAGGCUGGCAGAAAUCCAUCCCAUGCAACUCUCAAUAAAUACUGGACACCUAGAACAUCAAAACUCAACUUUGAUGACUUCUGUGAAAUCCUCAAGAGUGAGAAGAAAACAGAGGAUACUGAGCUGAUGAGAGCCUUUAAAAAGAUGGAUGUAAACAAUGAUGGCUUCAUCUCACACGGUGAACUGGAGAAGGCCCUUACAUCUAGAGGUGAGAAAAUGACCACUGAGGAGUUAAAUGCUGUCUUCUCAUUGGCUGACAUCAACAAAGAUGGCAAACUGGACUAUGCAGAAUUCUGCAGGCUGCUUGUGUCUACAGUGGAGCAGUGUCAGACGGCUGCUUUGGAGAGACUUGAGACCAACGCCAAGCUAAAGAGACAGAACUUUGGCAGUCAGUCAUACAGCCCUACAAAAAGCUCUGUGUCACCAGCAGCUCCAUCUGCAGAGGCAGCGACCCUUCCUCAACCUCCACCGGAAACACCCCGGGCAGACUCGGACACCACCAUCAAGAAAGACAGCCGAUCAUCAUCCCGCCCUUCUUCUGCUCGCAGCAGACGAUCUUCUCUGUCAAACCCGAUCACGAUGACAACCAGUACUACGAAAGCUAACAAAAUACAAGAGCCCUCAGGUCUACAGGAGUGGAAUCAAAGUUCUGUGAGGGGCUGUUUCUUCCUGGAGGAUGAUGGGAGUAUCAGCUCUCUGCAGUAUCAGCUCCACAUCCCACAGACCACCAACGUCUACCUGACCAUCCAACCACUCAGCCUCAGCAACAGACCUGACAAGCCUUCUUCAUGGAUGUCAGUGGACACGGCCCUUUUUGUCACGUCAGCUGGUGAAACCAAAGAGGAUUCAACUUUAGUGUGUUUCACAGAGUCCAAGGAAAAAGAGAAGUAUGUUUGGAGAGGUGAACUAAAUGCCGGGACUUAUUACCUGCUUCCUUUCACUAGCGGCUGUAAACUGAAGAAAAGAACUAAAAAGAGCCUUUCUGUUAAGCCAAUGGAGCUCAUCAACAGAACUGAUACUGGAGAACUAGACCUCACUAGGGAGCUGAGGGAGGUGCUGUCUGACAUCUUUGAGGUGAUCGACAUUGAUGGAAAUGGAAUGCUCUGUUUGGAGGAGUACAACUUCUUUGAGCUGAGGACCAGUGGAGAAAAAUGUGACAAGGACUCCUGGGCUGUCUGUAAAGAAAACUUUGAUAUGAGAAAGAACCAGCUGACACGGCAGGGCUUCAUGGAGCUGAAUCUGAUGGAGGCUACAGAGAAAGAUGGAGACCCUGCAGACCUGUGGGUUACACUGGAAGCCAUGGGCUACAACCGAAUGCUGGAGCUAGUAGAAGCAUGUCCCUUUCAGAUAGAUAUUCACUGUGAAGGCGCUCAGCCCUCCAUCCAGCCAUUCAGUUUGGACACAGGGCCCAAGCUCCUGAACCAGGCCCUCCAGAAGUCCAUCACAGCCAGGACAGGGGCCAAAGCACUGAGGGGUCAAGACAACGUCUUCAUCUACACCUACAGAGGAGAACACAGGAUCUCCUCCGUCCUAGCCAACAAGACCAACCAGAAAGUGACGGUCCAUGUAAACAACGAGCAGAGCAGGAACUGCUGCAGCAGUAGAGGCAUGAGUGUGUUCGCUGUAGAGGUGCCAGCCAGGACUAAGAUGGUGUGCCAACACGUCCUCCCCAUCAAUGAGAAACAGGAUUGGACCUACAACUGUAUGGAGACCAUACUACCCUGCACUUAAAGUGUUUCCUACAUUGAGAAGUCAAAGUUUUGCUCUAAGAAGGAUAGAAGGCUAAUAUGAAUAUCGUAUAUCUCCUUAGAAUAUGAAGUGUUGUUGCUGUUUGGACCAAAAGAUUGUUAUGUGAUAGUUUACAGUGAAAGCAACUUAAUAAAAGCAAACGUGUGUGUGUUAAUUAAGCCCCAUAAUUUAGACUGUAGCACCUGGAGCUAAAACCUUGGCCUGCUUGUAGUCAGCAACUAAAAAUGGUAGAACAUGAGAGAAUGGUACAGAGUACAUCAGAUUUUGUAGCAGCUGCUUCUAUUGUGCCUUUGUAUGUGUGAUGUCAAAAUGUUCUUAUAAAAAAUAGAUAAAAAGGACUCAUCAUUUAUCCUGUUAAUACAAGCUAUUGUAGGUCAAUAGUGGAUUUUAUGUCAUGCUAAUAUAUCUGAUGUUAUGAUUUAUUACACUAACCAUUUUAUCUCUCUUGAUAAGACUUUAUGUUGUCCUUAUUUGGAAUUUGUAGCAAUGAGUUCUGUGUUUACGCAUCAUUUUUUGGUUCUUCAACACUCUCUUUAUAUCAGAACUGAAUAAAACAAGUUUCACCUUUGAACCUUC